UUCCUCGUUAUUAUUUUAUUUCACCAACUCCGAUUUAGCCCGGGAUCUUUUAACUGCUGCCAGCGGUGGAGCACAGAUCGGGAUUAGAUCUUUUCCUCCCCUGUUCCCAAGAUCCUCCUCCUAAGUGGCCACCAUGGGAAGUAAGACUCUGCCGGCCCCAGUGCCUAUCCAUCCUUCCCUCCAGCUUACCAACUACUCCUUCUUGCAAGCAUUCAACGGGCUGCCCGCUGUGCCUUCUGACCACCUCUCCAACCUCUAUGGCUUCAGCGCCCUGCACGCCGUACACCUGCACCAGUGGACUUUGGGCUACCCGGCCAUGCAUCUGCCCCGUUCCUCCUUCUCCAAAGUGCCCAGCGUAUCGAGCCUGGUGGAUGCACGGUUCCAGCUGCCCACCUUCCCACUCUUCCCACAUGUCAUCCAGCCCAAGCAAGAGGCUGCUAACAUGACCCUCAAAGCUAAACCCCGCUUUGAUUUUGCCAACCUAGCAGUGGCUGCCACACAAGAGGACCACUCUAAACUGGGACAGGUGGAUAGCCAGGGCUCCCCGCCAGGGCUGGGGUCUUUGCUUGAGGUGACUAAACUCUCUCCGGAGAAGAAACCCACCCGGGGAAGGUUACCAUCCAAAACCAAGAAGGAAUUUGUGUGUAAAUUCUGUGGCAGGCACUUCACCAAGUCGUACAACCUUUUGAUCCAUGAAAGAACCCACACUGAUGAACGGCCCUACACAUGCGACAUAUGCCAUAAGGCCUUCAGAAGACAAGAUCACCUGAGAGACCACAGAUAUAUCCAUUCUAAAGAAAAGCCUUUUAAGUGUCAAGAAUGUGGGAAAGGAUUUUGCCAGUCCAGAACACUAGCUGUCCACAAGACACUGCACACGCAAGUAAAGGAACUGAAACCUGCCAAACUUAAGUGCUGAAGCUCCGACUUCUAUGAACUUUUCCUGCCCUUCAGAUUUUACACCAAAACCAGAACAGAAACAAAACUGUCAGGAUGGGAGCACAGAACUUUGCAUUUUUUUUUUGUUGUUUGUUUGUACUUUAGAAAGAGCAAAAUCUCCCCAAGAAGCUCACUUCUUAAAUUGUGGAUGAAAAGAUUACUUGGCGUUUAAAACAUGCAUGAAUGACACAGAAAGUGCUAGAUGUGUGGCUUAGAUAAACUUUAUGCCAAAAGGUGGUGCUCACGUGUCGGACAGAAAUCUCCUUAAAAACCAAACAAAAACCUACAAUACCCACAAAAAAAGUCCCCCACAAAAAAAAUUCCAGCAGAUCCCCCUGACCCCUCCCAACUCGUAACUUCCAAAAGUAUUACUUAAAAAAAAAAAAAAAGAACAAACUCUUAUUUUAUACUUCUUUUUUUUUUUUUUUUU